AUUGGAGCCAAUGCCGAGGAGGUCGCCUCAGUGAUCUGUUCACUGUUUUAUGUAGUCGUUCAUUUGAAUUGCAUGAGGUGGAGUUUUCCAUGGGAACAGUCGUUGACAUACAGGUUGAUGGGGAGAAGGAGUCUGAAGAGAGUGAUUUUGGAAAGGCUGGGGUGGAGUUUUCCAUGAGAACAGCCGUUGAUGGGGAAAAGGGCACUGAAGAGAGUGAUUUUCGAAAGAUCGUUGCUUCCGACCCGGUGGUUUACCAACUUGUCAGGGUUGAAGGAGAUGGAAGGUUAGUUCCUGCUACAGACGACGAGGUUAUGGAAGUCGAGCAUCUGCUUGAGGAAGACAAGAGUGGACUAGCUUCAGAUGGAGAUAAAAAGCAUUUUGAUGGACGUGUUUCUAAUGAAGGGUUGCCCUCUAAAAAGUCUGACUUUGAAGGACUUUCACAAUCAGAAAAUACUGAAGUUGAUUCACAGGAGUUGAAUGCUAGGCUUGAGUAUAUAGAGGUGAUGUUGCCGAAGGUUAAACAGGAAGAGAGGUUACGGAUGUCACCUGAGUCUGCAAAUCAUUCUACCAAGUGUAUGGAUGUGAAUCAUCAGACUUUUGAUGGUCGUGACGAGACACAAGCCUGCAAGGACAAGCUCCAACCCGAGAAUACUUCAAUGGAAACUGCUCCUUCUUCUAUGGCUUUAAAUGACAGACAGGGUGUUCAAUUAGAAAGUGCAGAAACAUGCUCAGGACCUACAAAUCAGGCAGUCACUAGUAGUUCAACAGUUUCUGGAACAUGCACUAGUUCAAUGCCUGAUUUUUCUAUUCUAAAAGGGGAUAUCUGUUUGGAUAAUCUGUCAAUAAGAGAGCUUCAGGAAGCUUUCAGAGCUACCUUUGGCCGUCAGACUUCUGUCAAAGACAAAUUGUGGCUUAAGCGACGGAUUACAAUGGGAUUAACUAACUCAUGUGAUGUUCCGACUUCAAAUUUUGUGAUGAAGGAUAAUAAAAUAGUUCUCAAGGAAGUGAAAGAAGAACCAUCCAAGUUGCAAAAGUCUAAGACUGAAGAGAGUACUUUGCCCACAGAUCAAGUUACUGAUCCAACAAAUAGUAAUUUCCAAGAUUUACCAACUAGUCCUACUAACCAAACAGAAGAUCAGCAAGUGGCCAGCAAGCGGCUUAGAAAACCUCUUUCAGAAUAUGAUGAGAAGAAUGAAAAUCUACAAAUGGAGCAGUUUGCUGCCAAAAGGGUGAGGAAGCCUACUAGGCGGUACAUCGAAGAACUUUCAGAAUUUGAGACGAGGGAGUGCUCUGCUAGAUUGUUGUCUUCAGUUAAAAAUUCUGGACACGACCAGUCCUCUCCAAAAUCUCGGAUCAGGCCAGUUCGUGAUAUUGGUUCCCGGGGCCCAAGCUUUUCCACUAGGCAGGAUUCUCUAGGAGGAUUUGGAAUUCAGGUACCAUAUGUCUCCAGAGUGAGAAGAGGGCGCCCAAGGAAGAACUUUGUGACUCUCAUGAAUUACCAUCCUGGUGGCAUAGGACCCAACCUGGUUAAAACAGCUCUUGGGAUUCCUGCCUUGCAACAAAAUAGUGAAGGUGGAAGCAGAGUAAGGAAAGCCAGAACUCCACCUAUGCUUAUUCCACAGCCGAACUUUGUUGAUGAGGGAGAAAAAAGGGAUGCAGAAACAAUUUAUGGUGAUGAUGAGCAUGAUCUGGGGCUUGAAGAGUUUGAUGCAUCUGGAGAUAAUACAGAUGGCAAUGCCAAUACUGAGCCAGCGUCAAAAUGUGGUGUCCGAAGGAAGCAUCAUCGUGCUUGGACCCUCGGUGAGGUUUUGAAGUUAGUUGAAGGUGUAGCUAGAUAUGGAGCUGGUAGGUGGUCUGAAAUCAGAAGGCUGGCCUUUGCCUCUUACUCUUAUCGCACCUCUGUUGAUCUUAAGGAUAAGUGGCGAAACCUGCUUAGAGCAAGCUUGGCACAAGAUCCUACAGACGAAGGGGUCGGACCACUAGCAACUUUGGCCAAGAAUUCCCGAAAGCAUGCUUCCGUCCCAAUACCAACACCCAUCCUAUCACGAGUAAGGGAACUGGCGGAGAUGAACUCACAGACCUGUACUGAGCUCGGUCCAAGCAAGAUUACCGGCCAUGGUGGGAGAAAUGUACAGGAAAAAGGAUCUGGAUUUUUGUGACCAGCCAUGUAACUAGAACAGAAACUAAUAAGGAGAAAUGCCAUGUAGCUACGUAUGUACGAUAGUUUGAUGCAUACAAUCAUCACCAUUCUCUCUUCAUGUAAUUUUGAGCAUUUUCUGUUCCACUUCUUGCAGUGCUCCAAAAGGUGCUGACUUGUUUAAUAUGUAGCCAAGGAAGAAAAAAAAUUGGAAGUAUACCCUCACCCUUCCCUGCUUUA